AUGGAUUUGUCGUCUAUAAUGUAUCCUGUUUGUGAUAAUGGAGGAAAGACCAUUGCUCAUUCUAUGUUCGGUUGUCAGGUGGCGAAGGAUGUCUGGGGUCUUGUUGCCAGAUGGUGUGAUGUUCCUCUUUCUAUCUCGAUGUCUCUUGAAGAGUGGCUCACGUGGGUAAAUGACAUGAAGGGAUCUGUUUUGAGGCGUAAAAGGAUGGAAGUGAUUAUUUUAGCAACUACUUGGAUACUUUGGAGAUUCAGAAACUCCACAGUCUUUGUAGGGGAAAAUAUAAAAAAGAGUUCAUUGUUUGAUUCCAUUGUUUUGUAUUCUUUUAAUUGGCUGAAAAACUGA